CCGGUGGAUGUUAUUCUGCAAAAAGUCUGUUGGAUGUAAAAUGAAUUCACCUGUUAGAUGUAAAAAGGAGGAGUGAAAAGGAGUAAAAAGGAGGACCGAAAAGAGGAGUGAAUUCAUGCAAGAACAUGUAUGCUACAUGAAUUUGUACAACUUUUAAUAAAGCCAUGGAUAUGAAACAAGAGAAUGCUUCACUUGAAAAUGAUGGGAGAUACCGAAAAUUUGGUCUUCCAAGCUGGAUGGUAAACAACAUCGAGAGGUUAAAUUUUGUUACUGAUUUUGAGCAGUAUGCUUGUAGUCCACCAGAAAAUGAAUGUUUUCUCACUGAUCAUAUGAACAACCUGGAUAUUCCAGCCACUGAAUCCUAUUGCCCUGCAGUUGAACCUAGUAACUUGUCUGACACUCCAAAGAUUGAAGUAGAGAAUACUGCUGCGACUGCUUCAAAAGAAGUUGAAAUACCAACCUCAGAUCCUUAUAUCAAAACAGUAGAUCAUUCACCUACUCUGUAUCAUUCCAUUUUAAAUAGCAUAAAACAUGAAGAAUUUCAUUCAUCUCCAGAUAGUACACCAUGUGCAACUCCUGAACCAUCACCUGCACCUCGUAGAAAGAUGAGUGGGCAAAAAGAUACUGUACAAACUAAUCCAGGACGAUGGUUUUAUUUAGGCAAUUUAAAGAAACCAAAGCAAAAUGUUAAAGGACAAACACUUAGUGUUAAGGAGAAUAAGAGUAAAGAAGUAAAGAAAUCAUCAGAUUCUGUUCUUGCAGAAAAUGAUGAAAGAUCUAAAAGGGAAGCAGUUAAAUUGGUAAUUUCCAACUUCGAUAUAAAUGCUAUAAGUCCAACAUCAUGGUAAUCUUGAUGAAUAAUUUUUAAGCGAUAUAUUGUUUACUUUUGUUUUUAUUAUUUUAAUAAUUCUGUAUUUCUAACUUUUCUUCAGUAAAUAAAUUUUGAUCACUUAAAACUUUAUGAAAGUUUUGAAUCAUUGUUGUAUCAUUGACUUCCAUAUAAAGAAUGCACUAACCGAUAUUGUUCAUAGAGUAGUAGUUAUGUACUUUUAAUUUUUUUUUUUUUUAAAUUUUAAAUGUAACUGUUUGAACAAUCAGUGAAACUGUAUAUCCUAUAAUUUUUAUUCAUCUUUUGUUGUUGAAAGUACUUGAAUAUCUUUUUUAAAAGUUUGAGUAAAUAUUAUUACAUGUAUAUUUUGUUGUAUUUUUUAACCCAAUGUUGUGUCUGAGCUAUCUGUUUUAAAUUUUUUAUUUGUUUAUUCUACCCCAUUAGCAAAACGUUUUUAUGUAGUAUUUAUCUUUUAGAACCAAAGAAUUGUUAAGCUUGAAGGUAAAUCUGUCAUAUGUGAAGGAAAUAUACUGCAGCUGUUUCCUUGUAAUUUUUGUUUUUAAAGUCAUUUUUACUCUGCAUUUGAAUGGGGGUAUAAAAUAAUUCAUUCAUAAAUAUCAUUCUCAUUUGAAGAAUGUUUUCUAAAAAAGGCUGUAAUAUAAAUAUGUGUUUAUUUCAGUUUGUUUUUAUUUUCCCUUAUUUUAUUUCGGUGUUGUGGAUGUUUGCUUUAUUCCAUAAUUAAUAACUUUCUAUCACAUUGGUUUAUAGUAUCUAUUAAAACUUUGAAAUUUUCUUUUAUUUAAUAGUUAUAUUUUUAUGGUUUGUUUUUAAAAUCAAGCUGUAUUUCAUCAAGUAUUGGGGAUCUCUUAAAUUUUAUUCAUAUUCACUCAUUCUUUUUCUGUAUUUUUGCUAGUCAUACUUUCAAAUAUUUAAUCUCUCCAAAAAAUUAUUUCAUCAGUUUUGUAUUAUAUCCUAACAUGUAAUGAAAUUACCAAGAAGUCGUUGCUUAGAAUGCAUGGUGUUUUAAUGAAUAUUUAAUUAUUGUUAUAAGUUGUUAUUGUUAUAAUUUGUUAAAUUGUAAAUUGUAUUCUGAUGUCAACCUGUAAGUAGAAAAUGGAGAAUUAUGUUUAGCUUUUGUGCUUAAAACGGUGAUUACAAACUUCUUUUCUUAACCCCGAGUGGCAUGACAGUCUUUAUCUGGUCAUGAGAUUUUUUGUUAUUUGCUAUGUGUUAUCAUAUUGUUUGAAAUAUUGUUUUCUGGUUUACUUAAAUGAUCUGAAUAUUAUCUUAAUAAGAGAUUAUGAAAAUUAUACUAAAAUAAAAAAUUUUACAAAUUUGAAUAAUCACUUCUGUAAUACAGUUUUCAUAAGCAGACCCAAAACACGAUGCCACUCUGGGUUAAAUCAACUAUGUAAUGCAUUUUCAGUGGUAGUGUUCAUUGUAUUGAAGUGUAAAAUGUGUAAGUUUUGAAUUUUUAAGCUGUAAACUGAUAAGCUAUGUACUGAUACUCUGUGUCUUAAAAUUUCCUGCAAUAUGUACAAAUGAAAGGUAUUAUAAAGACAGAAAUUUCUGUUUUGAAUAUAAUGCUGAAUUUCUGUAAAUAGCAUAAAUUAGUAGAUUAGGAAAUUGCUGUUAUUCCUGACAAAGAAGAAUUGUGUGCUUUUCAAAAUGUUUACUGAGUGUAAUUUUCAUAAAUUAUGAAAUACCUAAAGUGGGCAGAAUGCAAUAAUUUUAUAUGCUGCAAUUGCUUUGUGCAGUAAUAUUUUUAUAGCAAUAGACUUAUGUGUUGUACCUUAAUAUUUCAUUUUUACUUCAGUAAUCUUGAAAGAUAACCAAUAAUCUUGAAUAAAAGCGCUUACUGAAGAUGAAUGUCCAGGAUAGCAUUAAUUGAGAAAUUGUGCUCAAUCCAUGUGUGCUUUAUGAUAAAUGAGAGAAACUAAUGUGAUGGCCUUUCAGCCUACAUAGAAUCAUGUCUGGAUUAAAAUUAAGCAUGUAUAAUGUUCUUGUAAAAUACAUCAUGUAUGAUUUUUAGUGUAUUUGCUUAUUUUAUAUUAAAAUGUUACUUUAUGUUUGAAACCAUUUUUAAAUAUUGACUUUGAAUGUGUUUAAGUCAUCUCAGUUACAUUAGUAAAUAAUUUGUUGAUUUAUAUUGAAGUUUGAGUUGAGAAUUAGUGGAUAUUAUAUAGUACAUAGAAUUAUCUUUUAUGAAAUGUAUUUUGUGAAUUUAUUUCAGUUAAAAUGCAGUUGUAUUCCACUGCCAAAUUUCAGGUGGCAGAAAAUAUAAAAUGCAAUUAAAUUUGUUUAUAUUAUGUU